AUGAGAACAAGAGUUGUAAAGAUAUCAAAUGUUAGUGAAGGAAUAAAGCAGAGGAUGCCAACUAAGCCGAUCCUACUUGUUCUAGAUGAUGGGGAUCAUCGCGAACAAUUAGAAGCACUAGCAGGUUCACGUAUUUGGUUUUCCCCUGGAAGUUUUAUUAUUUUUACUGAGCAUUUCAUAGGGUUCUCUGAUCAAGUGGUGGACAGUUUGCAAGGGCACCCAUUGGCUCUCAAAGUGUUGAGUCGUUUUUUGUAUGAGAAGUCUAUAAACGUGUGGGAAGGUGAACUAGAUGAACUUCGAACAUACCCUGAUGUAGAGAUACAGCAAAAACUACGACCAAGUUUUGAUGGGCUAGACUUCAAUCGAAAAAGAAUCUUUCUUGUCAUCGCAGUCUCAUUCAUAGGGGAAAAUAAAGAUUUUGUGGCGAGUGUACUAGGCAAAGAAAAUUCUUUUGCAUAUGCUGAUAUGGAAGUUCUAGUUAAUAAGUCCCUUAUUACAAUAUCUCGAGAUGAUAAUUCACUUCAAAUGCAUGACUUGAUUCGAAGCAUGGCAAGGUGCAUUACAUGA